AUGACAUCUCAUCACCACCAAUGCCACUCUGGCGCAGCCGCCGCUGCCGCCACCACCCCCACCGCGUGUUAUUGCUACUCUUGUUAUACUGACUACAACCCAUGUCAGCACCCCCCACCACCACCACCAGAUCCUCACCUCCGUCACCUCUACUCAUCUCACCUAAAUCCACCUUACAAUCCCCAAACCCAACCUCACUUCUCCAAGCACCACUCCCACUUUCAAGAAACUUAUUUCCAGGAAGAACAACCAAUCCAUCCAACUAUCUCCUCCCUCCUCCGCCGUGUCGUAGCCCUGGAAUCCUCCUUCCGCCGCCGCUCUUUCUCGUCCUCCUCCCAAUCUCUCCGCCACGCUGCUGCCCGUACCAUCCAAACCCACUUCAGAGCCUUCCUUGUACGUAGAUCAAGAACCCUCCGGGAGCUCAAAAACCUCUCUUCCAUUAAGUCAACUCUCAACAUUCUAAAAUCCUCAGUCUCUGAAAAUACCGACUUUGAUUAUGAAGUCCUAUCUCAGAAAGCCAUGUGCUUGCUUCUCAAACUUGACUGCAUUCAGGGUGAUGAUCCAAUGAUUAGAGAUGGAAAAAUGUCAAUUAACAGAGAACUGAUUAAUUUUUUGGAUUUUAUUGAUGGGUUUUGCGGGAAAAGGAAGGAGGUUUCAAGUGGAGUAGUGAAGAAUGUGAGAUAUAGGAAAAAUAAUAAUAAAUCUAGGGUUCUGCAGGGUGAUGGAAAAAUGAGCAAUGUGGAUUGUGGGAUUGUGGGAAGUGUUAAUGUGGAGAAAUUGAGAGGUCUAGUCGAAAAGAUUGAGAAAUUAUCUACAAUGUUUGAUGUGAAGGAGGGGAAGGUAAUUGAAAACCCGAGGCAUGGAAUUCUCCAAAAUAGAAGUGGCUAUUUGAAGCAGCACGGUGGAAGUCAAACCAAAGCUAAGAAAAAUGUGAGCUUUGCUGAAAAUGGGAAUAUUUACCGCACCUUGAAAAGAAUUCAGGAGUCUAUUUCAAAUGCAGAUUGUAAUGCUUUCAUAGAUGGGGAUGUUUCAGUUGGUGUGGAAACAGAGCUCGAGGAUUAUCCUCAUCGAAAAUUGGAAGAAGUUGGGGUAACUUCAAAGGAGGCCGAUGAUGAUGAUGAUGAUGAUGAGGAAGAUCAUCUGGAAAGUGGAGGCUCUCACUGUAGCAGUGACGGUGAAAGAGAGUCAAGAAAAUGUAUGAGAAGUGAACCUAGUUUAGAUAGGAAGGCACAGUAA